AUGAAGGAAGCCAUAGGCGUAGAGGAAGAAAUUCAGCGGAAUAGAGCUAUUACGCCAUCACAGGAUACAGGGCAAAGGAAAGAUAGCAACACUCCGGUGAGUACACCAAUGCAGGUAGGAAUUACAGUCACAGAUUUGGGGAAAUCGAAUGAACUAGGGAGGAAGGGUGGGGUGAUUGAGAGUGCACAAAAACAAAGUGAAAUUGUUGAAAAUCAAGUAGCAGAGAAGACGCAAACAUGGGCAACAUUGUUUGAUGGCAACAAAUUUGCAGCUAGAGGUAUGGAAUUGAAGUAUAUAGCACCGACUAUAGUUGAAGGUGAAGUGGUGGCUCAAUUGCAGCAAGAGGAACUUGAUAGAGAAACUGGAAAGUGGAAGCAAGCAUUAAUAAUGUACGUAGUUGGAAAUUCACCUACUAUAGCAGCAGUUGAGAGAUUCAUUGCGAAUAAUUGGAACUAUACAGCGAACCCUAAAGUGUAUUAUCAUAAUGAAGGCUUUUUUCUGGUGAAAUUUGGAAGUAUUGAAGACAGGGAUGAGGUGUUAUUCUCAGGCCCUCACACAAUGAACAAUAGGCUAGUAAUUGUGAAAAUUUGGGAAGCUGGUUUUGACUUUAACAAGGAAGUGUUAAGAACGAUUCCACUGUGGAUUAGGAUGCCUAAUUUACCGCUGAAUUGCUGGAGUAUGGACUCCCUAAGCAGGAUAGGUAAUGUGUUAGGGAGACCUGUCUAUGCUGAUGAAUGCACAACAAAUGUGGACAGGGUUUCAUAUGCAAGGAUGCUUGUGGAGAUGGAUGUUACGAAGCAGCUGCCAGACAUGAUAAAAGCAAGAGAUCCUAUGGGAAAAAUAUUUGAGCAGGAAAUAAAAUAUGACUGGAAGCCUAUUUACUGUCCAACAUGUCUGAAAAUUGGACAUAAAUGUCAAGAAAAGGGGCAGAGAUUAGCUAUACAGCCUGAACAAGGAAGAAUGGGAAAACAAAGGACUAUAUGGCAAAAGAAGAAUGAGGAAGUUCAUCAGAAAGAUAAUGUGGCUGAAAUUGAACAGGGGAAACAGAUGAUGAAAAAGGCAGAUAAACAACAGCAGGAACAAAGGGGACAAUGGACAGAAGUUAGAGGAAAGUCAGCAAGUAAAAAUGGGCAGGUUACAAUUAGACAAGACAAAUUGGCAGUUACCAAUACUUUCAGCUCUCUUGGAAGUAAACAACAACAAAUGCUAAUGGAUAAAGGGGUGAAUGUAGAAUGUGGACAGUGUAGUCAAGGAGAGAAGGCUGAGUUGGAAAAGUUUAUAAAGAAGAAUAAUAUAGCAUUAAUUGCAAUAUUAGAACAUAGGGUGCAAAGGAAGUAUGCUGAACAAAUAAUAAGGUGGAUUGAUGCAGGAUGGCAUUGGUGUUCAAAUUAUGAUGCAAAUGAAAGGGGCAGAAUUUGGAUAUUAUGGAAUCCAACGGAAGAAGUGUUUACUGAGACAUAUACAUCCACACAACUUAUUCAUGGGGUUGUGAAGAUGUGUAACUUGAAUGUAGAUUUCCAAUUAACAGUGGUGUAUGGAUUGCAUACUGUGGUAGCUAGAAGAACAUUAUGGGAUGAAUUAACAAAAAUAGCAAUCACUCAGAAGGAAGCAUGGAUAGCAAUGGGAGAUUAUAAUACUAUACCACAACAUACAGAUAGAGUCCAAGGGAGCAUAGUGCAAGAAUAUGAAGUAUCUGAUUUUAAGAAGUUUAUGAUAGAUUCUAAUAUGGUGGAAUUGAAAAUGAAUGGUAGAAGAUAUACAUGGACUAACAGCCAUGUACACAGUAAGAUUGAUUGGGGUCUUGCUAAUAGUGAAUGGAUGAAUAAAUGGGCUCAUGUGGAGGUGACAACACUUGAUCCAUAUUUCUCAGACCAUACACCUCUUGUUGUUGAAAUAGGAGGAAGGGGAAGUAAAGGGGCCAAGCCAUUUAAAUUUUUUAAUCACUUGGCUAAACAUCCAGAGUUUAUAACACUGGUGAAGAAGACAUGGGGCAGUAGGCAGCAUAGUAAGGGAAUGGAAACAGUCUGGUACAAAUUGAAGCAAGUGAAACAAGAACUUAAAACACUAAACUGUAAAGAAUUCUCAGAGGUGACAGAGAAGGUGAAUUAUUAUAGACAAGCACUGAUAGACUUGCAGGUUGAAACAAGAAACUAUAGGAAGCAGGAGGAGCUGGCAGAUGAAGAAAAAGAAAUAAAGCAACAGUUAGAGAAAUGGGUGGAAAUAGAAGAGAGCAUAUUCAAGCAAAAAUCAAGAGUGAAAUGGCUGCAAUUAGGAGAUGCCAAUAAUGCUUAUUUUCAUGCGUGUAUGAAGAAUAGAACUGCCCAAAAUCAAAUUCAAAGACUAAACACUCUUGAUGGACAUAUAGCACAGAAUGAAAAGGAAGUGGAACUGGAGAUUGUCAAGUUUUAUCAGACACUACUGGGAACAGCCACAAAGGAGUUACCGGUAAUCCAACAAGAUGUUAUGGAAGAAGGAAACAAGGUAAGAAGAGAGCAACAACUGAAAUUGAUAGAGGAAGUUACAAAGGAAGAAGUGUAUAAUGCCUUGAGAGAAAUUGAUGAUCAAAAAGCUCCAGGGUAUGAUGGAUUUAAUUCUUUUUUUUUCAAGAAAAGCUGGGGGAUAGUUGGAGAUGAUAUUACUAAUGCUGUAUUGGAUUUUUUUCAAACUGGAGAAAUGUUCAAGCCUAUAAACUGCACAGCUGUUACACUUAUUCCAAAGGUCAGGAAUCCAUUAACAAUAAAAGAAUUUAGACCCAUAUCUUGCUGCACAGUGGUAUAUAAAAUCAUCUCAAAGAUUAUUACAAAGAGGCUACAGGUGGUCAUGUCUGACUUGAUUGAUCAAAGCCAGUCUGCCUUUGUUCCAGGAAGAAUCAUAAGUGAUAAUAUCAUCCUAAGCCAUGAACUCAUAAAGGGGUAUGGAAGGAAAAACAUAUCGCCUAGGUGUAUGAUAAAAAUUGAUAUGCAAAAAGCUUACGACUCGGUGGAAUGA